AUGGCUUUCUCUCCAGAGUUCCUCAACCGCCUCAGCGAAUUGGGGAAUGAGUACCAGCGGCUGUCUGACGACCACGAAAAGCUGAAGGGCGUCGAGCGUCAGCUGCAGGAGCAACUCAAGAAGCUCCAGAGAGAGGUUGGUCAACUGCAGGAGGGCCGCACGUCUCUGCUGAGCGAAAACAGAAGUCUCAUCGAGAAACUCCAGCGGCUGACGCACGACCACACGAUUUUGCAGGAUCAAGUUCGCAACCUGCAGCAAAACAACAGCGAGUUGUCUGUGCAGCUCGCCGACAGUCGGCAGGAGACUGCCGAAGCCCGAGCGCAGCUCGAGAACGAAAGAGAGAGCCACAAGGCUUCGAUAGGAAGACUAGGCGAAACUCAGGAGAAGCUGAAUGCGGAAAUCGCGGACCUUCGUGAGAAAAACAAGGCUCUCCACAAGAAGCGUCAAGAUACUGCUGACCAGCUUCGGUUGAUGACAGAGGAACAGAAGAGGGCGGCAGAGCAAGUUCAGGAUCUUCUCGUGGAGAAGAAACAGCUGAGCGAUCGCGCGAAGCAGCUCAAUGAAGAGAGCCGGAUGUUGGGCAUGAGGAUUCGCACGCUUACAGCGAAAAACAAGCAGGUUGGCGAGGACAAGCAGCAAGCACUGCAGAAUCUGCAGCUGACGCACGACGAGGAGAAACAUAAGUUCGAGAAGAGGGUCCGCGCGCUGGAGUCGGCGCGGGAGGAAGCCGCUACUGUCACGAAACGCGUGGAGGAAGAGCGCGGGCGCCUUGAGCAGGAGUACCGACGCGCGGAGGAAGACAAACGACACCUCGCAGACCAGAUUGCGAGUCUCGAGACGAAGCUCGCAGAGGCCGUGACGGAGAGGAACAAGCUUCAGGACGCGCUGAACAAUGAACGGAACAUUGUCGAGGAAAACAAAGAACGGCAGCGACUCGAGAUGGAUGAGUGCGUCAGGCGAGUCGCCGAAGAGCAAAAUCGUUUGAAAGAGAACUUCGCGAAGGACUACCGAAAAGCCUGCGACGAGGUCGAGCGGCUGCAGAAUGAGAAGCGCCAGGUCAUCGACCAUAUUCUCGACUUCGCGGACAUGCACGGAACUGCAAGCUCUUCAAACAGCGGCCCUGACCUCGCCACGCCUCCGCGGCCGCCAGCGGAGCUCGCGGACUGCGGCGUGGUCGUCGCCGCGACCCGAAGAGUCUCCCUCCGCGUCCUUCACCUGGAAAAAACAGUCAAACAUUUGACCGAGCAGCACCGAGGGGUGUCUGACGACAAGGUGCGUCUAGAGCAGGAAAUCGCUCAACUCAUGCAGCAAAACAAAGUCGUGGCCGACUCCAAGAAACUCCUGGCGGGACAGCAUGCACGCAUUCUUCAGGGGAUCCGAGAGCUCGCGGAGCAGGCCAGUAUCGCGCAGACCUACCUUGGAAGCGGAGACCUCGGCCGGGCGCGCGCCGCCACGUCCUCUUCGUUUCUCGCAUUUUCUGUCUACGGCAAAGAGGCGGAGCCGAGUGGUGCUGUUGAGAAUGGUGGCGCUCUCUCGAGUCUGGCUCUUGACGCCCCCUCGCCCGUAGUGGGGAAGAGGGCAUUCCCGCACGAUGAUGUUAGUGUCUUCGAUCUUCCCACGGAGCCAGACUCUGAGGCCCUCAUUCACUAG